CUUCCCCCCAUUUCUCCCACAGACUUCGGCCUCCCGAAUCUCGAACCCUAACCUCAUCGGCGACGAGGGGAGCCCCGCCUCCGCCUCCUGCUUCUCUGUUAUGAACAACUUCCAUGUCUACGAGGCCAUUGGCCGCGGCAAGCACUCGACGGUGUAUAAGGGGCGGAAGAAGAAGACCAUCGAGUACUUCGCUGUUAAGAGCGUUGACAAGUCGCAGCGCUCCAAGGUCCUCAACGAGGUUCGAAUGCUCCAUUCCUUAGACCAUGCCAAUGUCCUGAAAUUUUACUCUUGGUAUGAGACCUCCGCACAUUUCUGGUUAGUGUUGGAGUAUUGCGUUGGUGGAGACCUGAAGGGCUUGCUUGAACAGGAUAAGAAGCUUCCUGAAAAUUCUAUACAUGACCUGGCUUACAAUCUUGUCAAAGCUCUUCAGUUCUUGCAUUCCCAAGGAAUUAUAUAUUGCGAUCUGAAGCCAUCAAAUAUUCUGCUUGAUGAAUUUGGAUGCAUGAAGCUUUGUGAUUUUGGAUUAGCAAGGCGCUUAAAAGACAUCGAGAAAACUAAUCCUGGAGAUGUGCCACAACCCAUGAGGGGAACACCAUGCUAUAUGGCUCCUGAGUUAUUUCGAGAGGCAGGAGUCCACUCAUAUGCUUCUGAUUUCUGGGCACUUGGGUGUGUUUUGUAUGAAUGCUAUACAGGAAGGCCCCCUUUUGUAGGCAGAGAAUUUACACAGUUGGUCAAAUCUAUAAUUUUGGAUCCUACACCGCCUUUAUCUGAUAAUUCAUCAAGGUCCUUCCAAAAUCUGAUUGAUUGUUUACUCAUGAAAGAUCCAGCAGAAAGAUUACAGUGGUCUGAAUUGUGUGACCACAACUUCUGGAAAACCAGUAUCCCAAUGAUUUCUUUACCUCCUCAGCCUGCUUUUGACAACAUGAUUGAACUUUCUGCUACACCAUAUCUAGCUGAGAGAAAUGGUGACAAACCUUCCAGACAGCUGACACCACCCAAGCACCGUGAAUAUAGUGGCCUUCGGAGGAAGGAUGAAAAUUCUACUAAGCCAUCCAUGACACCUGUUAAAAAUGUGCAAAGUGUCAAGAAAAAUUGUGGAAAACCAAAAGCUGAGGGUUUCAAAGGUGUAAAUAUCCUCAGAAUGUCUCGCAUUGCUAAAUUGAAUUUGCAAAGGGAAAGGGACAAGGAGAACUACAGGCGUCCUCCCACAGAAACAACUGAGAAUGAGACUGAAGUUAAUAUAGAUAAUAAUGACAUGGAACUUGAUUUUGGUGAAAAUCCAGAGGCUGAUGCACCUGAUGACACAUAUGGAUCGGAUAAUCCUGGAUCUGCAGGAAAUGAAAAGCCUCAAAGCACUGAUGCUAAUGAAGAGAAUUGUAUGGCAAAUCAGGUUGAUAUGCUUACAGAUGAGGGUUCAGUUAAGCCUGAUAUCAUGGUGAAAACUGAGCAGAAUUCUUGUUCAGAUAACCUGGAUGUGGAGGCUACUCCACCUAGUAGCACGCGAAAAGCACAACGUGCAAAGGUAACUCCAUGUCCUGGAACUGGUUCUGAGCCAUCUAACAUCUUUGAAGCAUUCUGGCAUCCAACAGAUCUUGCAGUUAAACCAGUUAUGCCUAGUAGGAAAGCAGAUAAAGCUGUGGACAUGGUCCCCACACUUCCUUUUGAAGCACUUACAGCAAGUGAUUAUAUUAAGUUACCACUGGAACAGAUGAAUGCAUUCAACAGUCAGAUACUUCAGAGUUUAAGUGGAACCUAUCAGGUUUCAGAAAAACAAAAUACUAUCAGAUACCUGGAGAUGUUAAGCAUGAAUUCAGAUGCUGCGAACAAAAUAACUAAUGGACCAAUUAUGCUGCUACUAAUAAAAAUGCUUCGACUGUCAAAAACUUCAGUCUUGCGUGUCCAAAUUGCCUCACUUAUGGGGUUGCUGAUACGAUAUUCCACUGCUCUUGAUGUGGAGCUGGCAAGUUCAGGAAUUUUUAAUGCACUAUCAGAUGGGUUAAGGGAUAAACAUGAUAAACUCAGGCGAUUCUGUAUGGCAACACUAGGAGAGUUAUUAUUCUAUAUUUCUACCCAGUCUGAUCAAGAUACCAAGGAAAUAAAUACCCAAGAAUACCCUUUGAAGGAUAACAGGUCUGCAACAUCUUGGCAGGUUCCUAGUGCUGUAAUUGCACUGGUGUCAUCUAUCUUGCGAAAGGGAGAAGAUGAUCUAGCUCAGCUAUAUGCCUUACGGACAGUCGAUAAUAUAUGUAGCCAAGGAACUGAAUGGACAUCCCGUUUUGCAUCUCAGGAUGCGAUUGGACAUCUGUGCUACAUCUAUAAAGCAACUGGAAAGCAGGAGAGUACGAGGCUCAUUGCAGGAUCUUGUUUGGCCCGUCUCUCUCGCUUCAGUCCAUCAUGCAUUCAUUUAAUAUUGGAAAAGAUAUCAUUCAAGGAUAUAGCAUGCACACUUAUCAAGGGAAAUACACGUGAACAGCAGAUUAGUCUUAAUAUUCUCAAUUCGGCAUUAGUUAAUAGUCACACUGUGACAAGCAUGAACCGGUAUAUUCUUUCAUUAUCAGAUGACAAACAAUUGGUCCCCGGGCUCAUUUCUCUAAUAGAACAGGGAACUGAUGUUCUACGUGGGAAGACCCUUUUGUUUGUUGCUCUGCUUUGCAAGAAUAGUCGAAGGUGGCUUCCUCAUUUCUUUUGCAAUGCAAAAUUAAUCUCAGCUGUUGAUAGACUGGGAAAAGAGAAGGAGGGUUUUAUUCAUCAAUGUACAGAAGCAUUUGUGCAGUUGGUUGCUUCCUUGGUCCCUGGUAUUCUUGACACUGUCUCCAGUGAUAUACAACAGGUUAUGGUUGGCAAACGCCAUGGACCUGUUACUGCUUUAGCUGGGCGAGCUCAUCCAAAGAGCACAAUUCAUCUGUUCCCUGUUAUUCUUCAUCUUCUGGGAAGUGCAUCCUUCAAGCAUAGAGUUGUGACAGGCCAUGUAUUGCUUCAGUUGGCAAAUCUUAUUAAGAUUUUGGAGGCACCGUUUCAGGCUAGGGAUGAUUUCCAAAUGACAUUGUUGCGAGUUCUUGAGGCUGCUACAGAGGAGCCUUCUGUUAUACUUAAUGAACACACAGUAUUCAUGAGUCGUAUCAUUCCAAGCUUAUCUGUCUUAUACAAGGGCAAUAAAGAUGGUGAUGCCAGAUUUCUUUGUUUGAAGAUACUCGCAGAUGUUAUGAUUGUGAUCUUCAGUGAUUCUUCAUUAACUUCUGACGAACAAACAAUAACUGAUCUGAAAUCAAUCUCUCAGAGGCAUUUUCUACCACUGUACCCUUCUUUUGCAGAGGAUGAAGAUCCCAUACCCAUAUAUGCACAAAAACUGCUAGUAAUGCUAAUGGAACAUGGUUGUGUAAAAGUCUCUGAUAUUCUGCACAAAGCAACAGUAUCCCAGUGCUUUGAAUUUUUGCUAGGAGAUCUUUCAAAUGCAAAUGUAAGCAAUGUCAAGCUUUGCUUUGCCCUGGUAUCUGCACCUGAGAUGGACACCUAUAUUCUUUCUCAGCUUCAAGUUGUUAGAAGAAUAGGGAACCUACUCGAGUUUGUUGCUGCAAAAGACAUGGACGAUUUUCUUGAACCAACCCUGGAACUUUGCAGAGCUUUUAUUAUUCGUGGCACUGGCAGCAACAGAAGUGUCGCCCUCUCCAAAAACCCGGCACUUCUUCUUGACAGUGCCUUCAGCAUGAGUAUUGCUGUUGAUCAACAAACUUGUGUCAUGGAUAUAUGUGACUUCGGUGGCAACAUGGGUAUUUUUCUUGAGCUAGUUGGCAAUUCAGAUCCGCAGAUAAGUGAUUUAGCAUCAGAUUGUGUAGUGUUGUUGCUCAAGGCAGCACCUCGAGAGGCUACAGUGGGCUUGUUGACAAGUCUUCCUAAAUUAAGCACUGUCAUGGACUUGCUGAAGCAUGACAGCCACCGAUGUCUGAUUCGCUUAUUAUAUGGCCUAGCCUUCUCAUGCAGACAAUACUUAGCCCAGGGAAUGAUCCUGUCAAUAUCAGUGCCAGCUUUGAUGCGAGUUGAAGCACUUGUUUCAGUUUUCAAGGGCUCCAAUGAUAGCCUUCUUGCUGAUGCUGCUUCUUAUUUGAGCGCCGAACUGCAGCGCUUACCUCGCUGUGGUUGAAGGUGCAACUUGGCCAAGGAGGCAGGUUGGCUGCUAUUGUUCAAGGAUGCGCAUGUAUUCCUUCAUCCUUCGUGCACCAUGUACAUGAUGAGCUGAGCAAGUGAGCAGGACGUCAUCAAGUGAAGAUUUACUUUUCUCUGCAUGCGUGUCCACUCCUAACUGGCAGAAGAAGGCAUCGCACCAAUGGUCAAUAUGCCAUCACCGAACCCGGACGAGACACGACUCUGAAGUUUUGAACCUUAAGCUUACUGACAAGAGGCCUUGGGGCAUGUGAGUAGCUCACAAGUCAUAAUUCACUGCAUUUUACUUCAAUGAAAUCUACGGUUCUUGUUUGGUGAGGCCAGGUGAUAAAGAUGUAGGUCGAUUAAAGGAUGUAAAGUUGUAUUACAAAAACAAGUACAACUGGUGCAUUAUCAAGUUGAUGAUUCAAAUGGUGUGUGUGUGUGACCAAGGAUGCACCGGGUCUCUUCAAAGUUCAAACCCCUGCUGCAACUUGUAGCCGUUGUACCGACCUCUAGUCCAUGAGCCAGAACAUCAAUUCACACUGACAACGCCAGAAUACCAAAUUUGAUACGUACGUAAUUCCCUGUGGAACGAAGGUCCAUGGCACCGCGACGGACCCGAAGCUCCACUAGAAAAAAUGCUUCCGUAGAGCAGUUGACCCAGACCCAGAGAGACAGAGACCUCUGCAGCUACAGCCUACAACAAGGAAACUCCCCCAUCCAGGCAUGUGAGCAAAGCCGACGGACGACGUGUAGAUACCAAUACCAUACUACUAGCCCGCCUGCAUCGCCAUCCACCAGGCUCCGUGCUGCGACCAUGGGGAAGAAGGUGUGCCUGCUCAUCGUCGACGAGAACAUCCUCAUAGCGUUGGCCGUCGUCGCCGUCGUCGUCCUGGCGUUCGUCGCCCUCCUCCUGCCCCCGCCGCGCCGCCGCGGCUUCUUCUGAGAGCACGCCCAGCUAGCUGGUCGAGUCCCAGCUCUCUUCUCUCUGCCUGCGUGCGUGCGUGUAUGAUCGGUACAGAGGUUCGUUGUCAUCCAUUCUCCAGCGCCUUGAUGUCUCGUUGAUCUGGAGUCUAAACGAAAGGCAUGCUUAGUUGUCAUGGCUCACAUCGCAUUCUUGUAUACGUAUAUUUGCCGGCUAUAGUUAGCUAGCAUUUGUUGUUCCGUAAUCAUCUCGGAUACAUAUGUAUGUGUAUGUGGCUAUGGGAUCUUGUGCAGUUCGUCGCAUAUAAUAGUAUCUCUGUAAUCAUCACGUAUGUAUUCCGAGUGCUAGAGUAUAUUAGGCAACUUUUGAUAUGGUUGGUUUAUAA